AUGCGUAUGAAAGAAGUCCCUCAAUUAAUUAAUAAUUUUGGAGUCUCAAUUCUACAUGUACGUCUAUGGAAUAUUCCUGAUAAACGUGUCGUUCAUUGGACAUUAAUACCAGCUCAAGCAUCAUCUCAAAUAACUGCUGCUGAAGCUAAUUUAAUAACAGCUGUGAAUUUUUGUGAUGAUGGUCGUAAAGUAACCGUUGGAACAUUUGAUGGUCGAUUUUUGUUUUAUACUGAUUCGUUACAAUAUGAUACUGUAAUAAAUAUUGGUGAUAAAGAUGCUAGUCGAAGUAAUCGAUCAAGAAGACGCCGAAAACCAUCUAAACUUACAGGCAUUGAAUCAAUGAAUUCAAACAAUUCAAAAGUAUUAAUUACAUCAAAUGAUUCUCGAAUACGUUUAUAUAAUAUUCGAUCCAAAGAAAUUGAACGUAAAUACCGUGGUUACUCAAAUCAAUCAAGUCAAAUUCGAGCAUCAUUUAGUUAUGAUGAUCGAUAUAUUAUAAGUGGCAGUGAAGAUUGUUGGUUUUAUAUAUGGAGAACGGAACCAAGUAGCAAUGGUAAUGAUUCAUCAAUAAAUGCUAAAUUAUCACGAAAACAACGGCGUUAUUUUGAUCGUGCAUUUGAACGCAUUCGAGUUCAUAAUACAAUGGUAACAUCUGCAAUCUUUGCACCAAAUCCAGUUGUAAUAAUGAAUUAUUUAUAUUCAUCUAAUGAUGGUUCAUCUUUACUAAAUUAUUCUCCUAUCUCAACAAUAUCAAAUACAGAUUCUAAUCGAAUACGAACAAGUGGUAUAAAUAUUGCAUCAAAUCCAUCGGAAGGAUUAUCAACCAUGAACUAUACAGGAGCAAUUUAUGUGAUGGUUACAGCAGACUCUAAAGGCCAGUUGAAACUACUGGUUAAUCGAUAUCAUCGUUAA